AUUUUCCAUCUCUAACAACACUGCUGCCAACGUCUAGCAGUGAAAUGAACUGAAUAACUGAUUUGUGUCGAAAAAAUAUCACAUUAUCUGGCAAUUUUGGAGAACAAGAAAAUAUAGUGAUACAAUCAAAUUAAACUUUAAAGAACAAGAGUUCCAUUAAAAAAAAUUACUAGUAUUAGCAAAGAAGUGGCCUUUUUAAAUUGAAGCAAUUGCCCAUGCGUGAGUGCAAGUGUAUGUGUGACAAGACAAAAUUUUUUGACCGUAGAUAAAAAGAGUUUUUCUCAGAUAAGAAGUUUUUAUUCGGAAGAACAAUAAUACUGUCAUCGGCAAUAAUAUCACACACAAGAGAAAGGAAAAAAUACAUUUGGUUUUCUUGGCACCAGCACUCUUGCACUUCUUUGAAAAAUGGCUUGUGCUACACUAAAGCGCUCUUUAGAUUGGGAAUCAAUAAACCAAAGACCUAACAAACGUCGACGUUGUAAUCCAUUCGGACAAUCAACCAGCGGUUCUCCUUCACGUUCUGCAUCUAUACACGAUGGACUUCCCGGAUCAAACCCACAAUCACCAAGCAGUCGCUUUGCCAGAGAACCUCAACCAAGUCCUUUUGCCGAUGUAAAUUUGUCAAAAAUGUCACCAGACAAAAUGUCACAAAAUAUCCGUGAAGAAAUCAAACGACUGCACAGACGCAAACAAUUGCCCUUUACAUCGGCUGCUAUCGAACGUAUGCAAGACUCGGAGUCAAGCGGCUCUGAAAUGGGACCCGAUAGCCCCAGACGUCCUGACAGCCCCCCAAGUAUGGUUCGUAACCCGGAAAAGGCAUUAUUUACAUUUAAACAGGUGAAAUUAAUAUGUGGACGUAUGAUAAAAGAACGUGAAGAUGAAUUGCGUGAAAAAUAUGAAGCUGUACUGACAACAAAACUUGCAGAGCAAUAUGACGCUUUCGUUAAAUUUACUUAUGAUCAAAUACAAAGACGUUAUGAAGCUGCUCCAAGCUAUCUAUCGUAAUUCUCGGACCUCAGGCGUACCAAUUAGUUUCUUUUGUAGACGCUAAGGAUAUAUUUUUUUUAAAGCCUUUGUCAUUUACCGCCACACCUGUUUUACUUCUUACAUUAAAGAAAAAUUAACAACAACAAAAUAUCAUAAAAUUUCUCUCAAAUUAAAAAUAGAUAUAUUUUGAAAUAAGAAAAAAAAAACAACAACAUAAAUAAUUAAGAAUUAAUUAAAUAAUUACAACAAAAAAAUGACACCUCAUUAUACCUGCAGGUUAGAACAUUAACAAACAUAUUUGCAUACCAAUUUAUUUUUUAAUAUUAAAAACAAAAAUCGCAAACAAAAAAAAAACAUGAAAUACAAAAUUCUAUACUGCUAUGAAGCGAAUAAAGUGAAUUACAAAUAAAAAUAAAACAAAAAUAUAUUACAUACAAGAAAAAUCACUAAUAAUUUAUAAAUUAGUAAAUAACGUUAGUAAUAUUAUCAAGCUAAAAAAUACAACACGUGGAUAAACAAAACAUUAUUCAUCAAUACCAGCGGCAGCAUCAGCGUCAGCCCAGCCAAGUAGCCUAAACGCAUAGCUCUCACAUGCUACUACUACUACUUCCUUUGGUCCUUCUAAAUAUUGCAUAUGUAAACCGUAAACCACAAAAUCUCUCGCAACCAACAUCCCCCAUCAAAAAUUAACCAAAUGUUCUAAAACUCGAAAGACAAAUACCGCAACAUAGUGCUGAAGAUCGGCAGUUGGCAUUAAAAUGGAACGAAGCCCUGAUUCCAUUUACUCCCAAUUUAUAUGUAUAGCAGCAUCAGCAGCAGCAAAAGAAUUACACAGAAUAAACCUCAAAACUCCACAAAACGAAAACAGAAGAUUAUAAAAAUAGUUUUAUAAAAUCUAAUUUAUAAAAACCAACAACCAAUAAAAAAGCUAUAGGAAGAAAUAAAACUAUAUAUACACAUUUAAAAUAAAAUAUCAUCAGAAAUUCUAUCACAUAUAUUCUACUUAUUCCCAUUUUUCCACGUAUGUUUUUUUUUACUUAUUUUCAAUUUUUUUUUUCAACAAGAAAAAUGUUUUUUCUAAAUUAAUUAAUAUUGUCAUAAUAUUUUUAAUGUGGAUUUUCGAUUUAAGUUGGAGCGUAAGUCGAGGUUACACAAAGCUUUCAUUUGCUUUCUUUGAUUACCAUUAGACUUAUUAUUAUUAUUAAUAGUAUCUUUUUUUUUUUGAUAAUUUGUAACUUAAAAACAUUGAUCUAUUUUGUCGCAUAUUUAAUUGUAAAAGAGAAAUAAAAAACUUUUCUAUACUUUAA